CACAAAUGUCAAAAUAAAAAAUCGGACAUUUCAGUUUUCACUUCACAUUUUGUCGACAAAAAAUAUUUUAGCCUAAUUUAUUAGUGUUUUAUACAUUGUGUGUUUGUGAUUUACUUGCAAUAAUACUUUCAAAUUCGCAAGCUGUGUUAGCAGAUACCGAUAUACUCAGGGUUACACAGAAUUACUUUGAUGCUGUGUGCUCGAGCUAGCGGCGACCAGGUUUUGUCACAAAAUGGCCGCGCGUAACUUAUGACGUAACAAUCACAUCGUAAGUGUUUAAUCACGAGCUCGUUCGCGCUCCGCAGCUGCAGGGCCCACAGACAAUAACCAGCGACUGCGCUUUAUGGACCCCGGCGCUGCCUUCUCUACGAACGUUCUUCUAUACUAGGGGUGGUCCAUGCCCCACGCGGCGCCCGCUACCGCCAUGUCGGCCCCGCCGCGUCACCCCCACUUCUACACAGUCGAGGUCGGCGACACGCGUUUCACCAUCCUCAAGCGAUACCAGAACCUCAAGCCCAUCGGCUCCGGCGCGCAGGGAAUCGUAUGCGCGGCGUACGACACAGUGACGCAACAAAACGUGGCCAUCAAGAAGCUGUCGCGGCCCUUCCAGAAUGUGACGCACGCCAAGCGCGCCUAUCGGGAGUUUAAACUCAUGAAGUUGGUCAACCAUAAAAAUAUAAUCGGUCUGCUAAACGCAUUCACGCCACAGAAGAGUCUAGAGGAGUUCCAGGAUGUGUACCUAGUGAUGGAGUUGAUGGACGCGAACCUGUGCCAAGUGAUCCAGAUGGAUCUGGACCACGAGCGGAUGAGCUACCUGCUGUACCAGAUGUUGUGCGGCAUCAAACAUCUGCAUCUCGCUGGAAUUAUACACCGGGACCUAAAGCCGUCCAACAUAGUGGUCAAGAGUGACUGCACACUGAAGAUCCUGGACUUCGGGCUGGCUCGCACGGCGGGCACCACCUUCAUGAUGACGCCCUACGUCGUCACCCGGUACUACAGGGCUCCAGAGGUGAUACUGGGCAUGGGCUACACCGAGAACGUGGACAUCUGGUCGGUGGGCUGCAUCAUGGGCGAGAUGAUCCGCGGCGGCGUGCUGUUCCCCGGCACCGACCACAUCGACCAGUGGAACAAGAUUAUCGAGCAACUGGGCACGCCGUCGGCGGCGUUCAUGGCGCGCCUGCAGCCCACGGUGCGCAACUACGUGGAGAACCGGCCGCGCUACGCCGGCUACAGCUUCGAGCGCCUGUUCCCCGACAUCCUGUUCCCGUCCGACUCCAGCGAGCACAACCGGCUCAAGGCGUCGCAGGCGCGCGACCUGCUCUCGCGCAUGCUGGUCAUCGACCCCGAGCGCCGCAUCUCCGUGGACGAGGCGCUGCUGCACCCCUACAUCAACGUGUGGUACGACGAGGGCGAGGUCAACGCGCCCGCGCCCGCCGCCUACGACCACUCGGUGGACGAGCGCGAGCACACCGUGGACCAGUGGAAGCAGCUCAUCUACCAGGAGGUGGUGGAGUACGCCGCGCCGCCGCCCGCGCAGCUGCUGGCGCCGCCGCCCGACCACGCGCAGCCCGCGCUCACCACAUAGGUCUCAGCCUCGCUGACCGCCGAGAUAUAAACUACAAAGUAUAGUGCAAAGACUAUAUUAGCGCCAACGCGCUCCGGCAGGUCUGGCCACGGCGGCACGGAGCCGCUCCGAUCCAUACUCGAUAAACUAACUGAUGUAUAUAUUCAUUGCGGUUUUAUGUGCAAUACGCGAUAGUGCAAACUAAUGGAGCGAGCGCCUGUCAUGGCUAGAUCUUCGUUGAUUUUUAAAAGCUGCAUAGUCAGCCUAUGAUCCUACAAUAGGUAAGAAAAAUGGGCGAUCUAUCUAUGGUUAAUGGUGGCUAUGAAAAGUAACAAGGGUGUAAACCUAAAAUCAUCCAAGUAUGAAAUUUUAAUUUUUGGGAUAGGCAUAAUUCAGAUCAGAAGACAUCAUUCAUAUUUUUUUUCAGCUUUAUUUCACACGUGACAUUUUGGUAGCAAGAAAACAAUAUUCUAUAGCGAUCUAGUGUUGCAUAUUUUAAUAAUAUACGUAGUCUUGACUAAUGUUUUAGUGCAAAUCUUCAAUCAGCCGUUUUUUUGUUUAGAACAGCUCUUCCGGUAGUAGUACAUCAUUGUUAGACAUUUUGUUUCGAGGCAACCCUUCACUAGACACCUUUAGAGUUGUCUAGCAAAGGGAUAGUCUGGACAGUCUAGGGUAUAUGCUUUUGUUAUACUACCAUUAUCCACACUCCAUAGUUGUCUGCUACACUUACCUAUAGUAGCAGGGCUGACAAACUUUCAGCUUUUCUAAAACCCCGAAGGUCUAGCAAUCACAGGCAGACCAUUAAGCAGAGCCAAUGUAGCAAAGAUAAUGUAAAUAAAGUUUACGUUAUUGCGUGCGAACGAAAGAGAUGAUUUGCUACACUUUUUCAUCGCACGGAAAAUCUCCUAAAGUUUGUUUACUUUUGUCUCUUGCAUUGCUCUAUUCGUUCAUUUUGAAGUACAUUGGUAACAUUUUUUUGUGCAAAUUUCGUUUAUGGAGUCAGCGAGAAAUUUCUAAAUAUUUCAUUAUUUAACUCCAAAUUCAAUGUGUCAUGAGCUCGAUUCCUGGCUGCUGGACUAUUGUUGUAUGUUCAGAAAUUCAGAAAUUUCUCGCAACUCCCAGAGACUUUCACGUAGUUUGUUAUCGAGUCUCAGAACAAAUGAUCGUGUACAAUAAUAACUUAAGGCAGUGUAUAGUCAAUCUAUUCCGGGUCCCUUUGGCUUUGGAUUUAUUGGUAAGUUGACAGACGGACAUGCGUGCGAUGCGUUUGUGUAUAUACUGAAGGAUAGGUUCCAUAUAGAAUGUUCCUUCCGUAGACUUAGAAGUAAAUAGACGAUGUGAUAUCGUCACGUUUUCUCAUAAAAGGGAACUUAGACAUGGACUUUAUAAAGUAACGAGACAAGGUGUUUCGAUAUUAGGGUCCUUGAGGUCUGUCUGAUAAAUGGUUGAGUAUUUUGUGUUGUGAUGUUAAAAUCACGUCAAAAUAGAAUGGCUUAAAACGGUAUACUUGUCUGUAGUCUAUUUAUCCUCUGUCUAUGGUUACUUCAGUUGUUAACUUUACUGUCAAACGCUUGUGUAACCAAAGCCAAAAAGACUUCCACAAGUAGACAACUAUAACACAGUAGUGUUAGAUGACGUGACCUCACUGGGGAACUGUUAUCUUGUCUAUUAAAUUGUAGUUUCUUCCUGUUUCUAAUUAUAUUUAGGAUAAGUUCUCAGUUACGUGGUUACGUUUGGAACAUGUUCCUUUACCUGUAUAUUAUUUGUCCAAAUUUACCGGACUUGUGUCACAAUGGAAUUAUACAUGGCUGCACUUGAACGAGCUCAUGAAUAAGGAUUUAAGGGAGUGAAACUUCGUCAGCCGUCAUUAUUUCACUGUGACGACUUAGAAACGACAGUUUAAGGGUUAAAGAAUCUUGUACGAUUUUUCUAUAAUGGGAUAUUUUGUUUUUCGCUAGACGUUACAAUAAUGAAGGUAGAACUUAAAAAUAGAACAGGUAUAGAUGUUCUAUUGGUUGUAGAUUUAAGGUACAGAUACAGACGCGUUUGUGUGUUAAACUGGAGGAGCGUUAGCAAAACAGUUUUUAGACUUUAGUAAACGGGUUUCGAUGUUACACGAGGUAAUAGGUACUCUAAUUAAUUUCACUAUGCGUUUCUAUUGUGCUGACGCUCCCUUAGUUUACAGAACGUUUGUGUGUUGUCACCUUACCGCCAGUACUAUAUACAAACUCAGAAUACAGAAUAUUAAGUCAAAUGUAUUUUGAAAAUAGAAUGUGUAUACCAUUGGUUGAGAAUGUUCCAUAUGAAUGAAUGAAACCAAUGACGUACGUGUACUCUCGUUCUCCUAGCGACAUCUAGCGGUACUUUGCUAAACGUUUAUACCCCACGUUAAUUUGCAUAGAUGGAGUGCCUUUCGCAAUUUGCUAAUGUAAAGUUAAUUGGCGAUUUUACACAAAUGCGGACUGAAUUUGAUACGUUUGGAUAUUUUUGUACGGCGGCGUUACCCUGAUCGCGAAACGUUGUAUUCAUUUGACGUUAAGCAAUUUACACACAUGACGUUAUUGUACGCUGCGUUUUCGCCUCAUAUUGUCUUUGGGAAAGUUAAUAAUAUCAGAUUUUUUUCAUUAUUUCCGAUUUUUAUCACUCAGUUUUCCCUGACAGCUUAUCCAGGAGUCCCUCCAAUCCCUUUGUUGUUUGCUUCUUUGAAGUCUCAAAAUUACUAAGAAGAAUUAUUUGUAAAACAAUUACAUUGGCAACAAUAAAGCGUGAUACAAAAUGUGUGGUAUAAUGCCUUCAAAGAAUCAUUAAGAUAAUUAUAAUUACAAUUUACAGAAAAAGAAAAUUUGAAAACGGUUAGAAGUGCAUUACGAUUUUAACCUCAGAAGGACACUGUCAUUUUGUGUGAGGUAUGAGGCGGUACUACCGCGCGUAUAUAACGUCGCUGACGUUUGUAAAGGGUUUAACAGUCAAUGGGGUUAAGUUUAAUUUGUUGUAUUAUUUGUAAAUGUGCAAUCAAUUUAUAGUUUGAUAGAAUUAUGGAAUAUAUUGCAAUAUUGCUCGUGAAAAUCUAUUUUCUGAUCCCGUUUUGCCAAUAUGAUAAAUUUCAGAACGAAUUAAUUACAAUGUGCAGUGCCAUUCUGUGUCUUUGCCAUAUUUCGAGUCGAUUUUAUUAUUUCGUUUGUCAGAUUUUUGCUGACUGUGACAAAAUAUAACAUGGAUACUUUUCUACGUAGACAGAAAAAGUAACAGACGAAAAUAGAUGACAGGCCAAAUAUUUUCUCAGUCGAAUAUUAUGUUUUUUUUUUGUAAACCUGGCCUAAAGCUACGUUUGUGCAGGGGUUGUAGUUGCUGCAUGGUUAGUCGCAUAGUAAAGUAACGGCAUGCUUGUAAAUUCUAAGCGAUAUUGAAUAAGUUCUAGGUAAACAGGGCGGAAAUCAUGACAAUACCAUGGCAGAUGAGGUUCUUUGCUGCUUGUACAAUCUUUUUACUUUAAUAUUUAAUCCCACAACGGUUCUCGGCCCUUUUUAUUAGUCAUUACCGGCUUUAUCGAUGGAAAAGUAUUCAUGUUAACUCAACUAAAGUAGAUCCAAUGAGACGAAUUAAAAAAAAUAACAAUAAUUCUAAUUGUUGACAAAUUUUCACACCUAUCUUUUGCACGAAAAUAUAAUUAAUAUAUUUAUUUGCUUAUUUAAAAGGCGGCGUUGGGUUCAUCGCAACGGGCUUGAAAGUGAUAACAUAUGGUAUGGAAAUCUUCUAUAUUAUAUUUAAUAUUUCGUCUUGUUGGCUCUGCUUAAGUCGCCGAUUUAGUAUGCGCGAGUUCUACCCAUGUUACAUGUUUACAACACGUUUAGUUUAGCGACACCAUAGACGGGACGUAUGUGAUGUUCAUAGUUUCCCAUAAGUAGGCCCUAGCUGCAUUGUUGAUACUGUAUUUGACUGUACGCGUAGUAGUAAGUAACAUUUUUACCUAAGUAGUCUCUUAGAUAGAACCACCUCACACGUUGGCGUUGGCUGCAACUUAAAUACGUAAAUGACUAUGACUAUAAAAUGACGCUAUGACUAUAAAAACUGAUGUGAUUUGAGAGUAUUAAUUUUAUAAUGGCGGUCGGCUAUUAAUUUUGAAAAGAUUGGUCAACAUGCAGGCUAUUCAAUCUAUACUUUCUAUAAUACAAAAAUAUACAGCCUAUUUAAGUGUAUUCAUUCUUGUUCUAAGGCAAAUUUAUUUCGUUAUUUAUCUUGCGCCAUAUUUUCGAUAGUCUGCCCAUAGUCUACACGUUACAAGUUUUUCAUAGAUUGUUUUAUAGUCGACCAUCAAUAUUUUAUUAAUGCAAUAUGUACGCGUUAUGGAACAGUCAUUUUGUAUGUAAUUUAAAUUAUUUUAAGUUAUGAUAACUAUAAUGGACCGUUUUUAUUAACUUACCGCUCACCACCAAACUUGUGACUAUUUUUUUAUUAAACGAUCAUUGCAAUAUUUGCCGUUUUGCAUCUUAAAUAUAAAAUUAUAGUAAUGUUUCGAUUGAAAAUAUUCCAGUUAACAAUAAUUCCUUAACCCUCAUAAUGUUAUUUAGCUAAACAUAAAUCUGUGGCGAUUUCCAUAAAUAACUACAUUAGAAACGGUCCUCGAUUCCAAGCCAAGCCUUCCCUAUGUAUUGUUCAAUGCACAAUAAUGCAUUUUUACGAGGCCCAUAAAGUUGGUAAUCUCCAUGCAUCUCUAUUACUACACCAUUGCUAAAUAAUGAUUACGUCGGUUUUGCAUUUAAACUCUUUGAUGUCAGCUAAUCUUGAAAUGACUUGAUUGUAGACCUGAAAUUAAAUUAAAAACAAUGUUUUUUUUUAAUAUGCGACUCUUUCUCUUAAUCAAGAGUCUUAAGAGGAUACAAAAAAUGGAUUGUACUGCAAGGAUUGCAAUGCUCAUAGUAAAAGUUUGGUGCUGAGAGGCAGUCUCGAUGAGGCUCAACGUGUGAGGUAAUAUGGUAGGUUAUUGUUUGAAACCUCACUAGGUGAUAUAAUUAUAAUGUUAAGUGUAACAAAGAAUGUUGGUAGUCUUACAGCGUUUGUACACUGUCCAAUCCGAUGUCCAUCAAAUAGAGAUACACAAGAAAAUUAAAAGUUUACUAUUCUGCUAAACAAUAGAGCUUAUAGUUAAAAUAUUGCUGUGACGAGGAAAGUAAUGCCUCCAUUGAGGAUUGAAUGACUCCAUAAAUGAGCCCUUUAUAAAAAAAUAUAUGUAAAAUGUAUGUUGUAUGUAAAAAAAUAAAUGCAUUUUUAACACAUUACUAUAGGAUUAUGUUACUAUGAUGCCAAUCCAUAUUGGAGCAGGGUGGGCCUAAGCUCCAUAUUCCCUCUUCUAUAAACCGUUAAAUUAGGCUGACGAUGAUGCAAAGUCCAAUUCCACCAUACAAGACAUAAAGUAUUAGCGUUUCCUCCUUUAAUUAAUUUAAUACUCUUCAAUUUAUGUUCGGCGUCGAAUCGGACAGUGUGUAAAUGAUCUAAUUGGGUGGUUUCAGCAAAUAGCACAAUUUAUUAGCUAUAGAUGAAAGCUGGGCGGUACCGAUUGUGAAAUGAAGUCGCCAUACACUAAUCUAUAUGAAGAACUGUAAAUCCUAAUCCUAAAUCAAAUAUAUCUCGAUGUGUUCUAUAAUAAAAAAUAUUUACUUAUAAAAUGUUUUACCUUUCAGAUAUUUGGCCAAAGUUGCAAUAUUCAAAACAAAAUUCGGGAUUCAUAGCAGUUUUAGUACAAGUUUGAAUAUUUAAUGUACCGAAAAUUUUUAUACAAUUUAUAUAAUUAUAAAAAAGAAACAUUUGAAUAAAAAAUAAUUGUAACUACGCUGUCAAUAUUUUUUUCGUAAUAAGUCUAAAUUAAAUAAAAUAAAAAUAACAGUUAAAAUGCUUAAACUAAAUCGAUAUCAUUGAUGGCUCCAUAUAUUUUAGUGUAUGGUGACAUGAAAGCAGUUUGCAAUUGACUAUAAAUGAUAAUACGAAAGCAAUAAAUACACUUCUAUAUUUCCUUCCUGGAGAAAAUGCCAUCUUAAGCCGUCUACAGACGUGCCGACAAGUUUGAUAUCGCGAUGAGUCGGCAUGUGGGUCGACUAUUGUACUUUAUUUUGCAAAUCAAACAUAUCAAAGACGUUUCGAUAGAUCUAGGUUAAUUUUCUAUUCCAAAAACGAAACUCGCUCGAAAAAUCUGCCGCUGUAUUUUUUUUUUAGAUGAUGUUACUUUACUUUUGUUCCAUACUGUAGGAAGCGGCUUGGUUGGAUAUAGGAGCUAAGAAAGUCAAAUUUGACAUGCCAAUUUUUAUUAUAAUCGUAGGACUUUUGAUCGAUAAGGACUUCACUUUGCACUGACUCCGCUCUGUCUGUCACGAUCUUAUUCCUGCGAUAACUGUCCCAGAGACAUAAACUUCGUUUUAAAGCGUCAAGAACAUAACGGUCAACAGAGGAUGUACUUUCGAUACACCCUCCUGUAGAAUAGAACUAUUGUCUUACUUUAUCUUGCAAGUUUAAAGCUUAUAUAUAAAAACGAAUCUGAUGAACAAAUUGGCAUGUCUGCUUUGACUUAAAAUAUUUUAAAAUUGUCAUAUUUUUCAUUUGGUCUCUAAAGCAGAUAAAGAGGGCUAUAUAUUUAUUAUAAUUCAUUUAUCAUUACAUUUUUAAUAUUAAACCUGGUGUUACCGCGCUUUGCAUAAAGAGAAUGUAUAAAGUAAGAAUAAAAAUAUAGGAUAUUAUAUAAUUUUAUGUUCUGCCGUCAUACCGUCUUUAUCUGUUAUACGACCAAUGUGAAUGUGUGAAGAAGACAAAAAUAUACAGGGUGUGUUAAAAAUACUGGAAUUCCUUGAAUUUAUAUCUGCUACAUAUUCUAAAUCUAAACACUUUUAUGAUAUUACAGUGUAUCUUGGCUUGAACCUUUGCUGCUAUUAAUAUCUCGAAAAAUCAUACGAAAUUAUUAAGAAAAAAAAGAAGCGAAGAAAAAAAUCAUUGAUACUAAUUAUUAUAUAAUAUGACACACUGCCCAGAGCUUGUCUGUACCGCAAAAGUUACCCUGUAUAUUUGAUAUUUGUGCGAUGAAAAUUAAUAUAAUGAAGUAUACAAAUAAUUAAUUAAAAAUAUCGUAAUUUAAGUAGGGUUUUGUAAAUAUUAUAAUAAGCUAAAUGGAACGAAAGUGAAGCAAACACGCGCUACUUUAGUCAUCUGUUUAUCGCUUUAGUUCACAGACUAAUGGGAAAAGACAGACGGAGCGAACAUAAUAUAAAUGAGACAAAAUAAAUUAAAUAAGUCAAUCUUUGUGCACGUACGAAUGUUUGAUCAUCAAUAUCGACUAAAAUCUAGUAAGCCUGUGUAGUUUCAAGAUUUUUUAAAAACAAAGGUUUUUUUAUGUCUAUAGAACGCGCUCAGCCAAUGGAAGAAAUGGUUAUGCAUCUACUGUUAACAAAAGUACUACAAUGUAGAAUGACAGGCAUAGGUCAGUGCAUCGUACAAUAUAUUCUUCGCAAGUGUGCCCCUAAGGUGAUGUUAUACCCUGUUAUACGUUAAUGUGUGAUUUAAAAUCGGCCAAUUGCUUGUCCAAAUGUUAGUUUGUCAAAAAGUUUCAGGCUUGAUUCUCCGUUUUUCGUCUGUGUUUUCCUAAGUCUGUGUAGUAAAUAAAGAAUUCACAACUGUACGUCCAAAUUGUCCAUUUAUAUGUUAAUAUACCUAAUGCAAAUUACAAUAAUGUAAUCUUUAGAAUGUAUUUUAGUACUUGGUAAUACAAGGUUUAAGGUACUCUCGAGUUGGGUGACUUUGCUUUACAUUUCAACUGUUGCAGUCAACUGAAUAUUGAAUUUAAUAUUUUUUUUCUAGAAGUUAAUGUUUUAAGCUGUACCAAAUGAUUUUAAAAUAAGAUUCGUGUAUAUUAUGUUUGUGCAUAUAUGACAGAAUUAAUAAAAUCCGAUUUUCCGUCGCUUAUCAAAGUUAUAUUGAGAAACAAAGUGACUCAAUUGGAAAGUAGUAGCAAUGUUGAAUGCCGAGCGGCUGUUAGCGGUAAACAUUUUGGUUAAAACACUUCGAUGAUUAUCUAAAAACAACUUAUUUUUACUGUACACGUAAGUUAUUUCAUAUUUUAAAUGAAUAAAUCGAAAUGGUUAUUAUA